AUGUCUGCUCCUGCUGCCCUUGAUGCUGCCUGCAUAUUUUGUAAAAUUAUUAAAGGUGAAAUUCCAUCUUUCAAAUUGAUCGAAACCAAGUACUCGUAUGCGUUCUUGGACAUCCAACCCACCGCUGAAGGCCAUACCUUAAUCAUUCCUAAGUAUCACGGUGCCAAAUUACACGACAUCCCAGACGAAUUUCUUACUGAUGCCAUGCCAAUUGCCAAGAGAUUGGCCAAGGCGAUGAAAUUAGACACCUACAAUGUCUUACAAAACAAUGGUAAGAUUGCGCACCAGGAAGUCGACCACGUGCACUUCCAUUUGAUUCCUAAGAGAGACGAGAAGAGCGGUUUGAUUGUAGGCUGGCCAGCGCAAGAAAGUGACUUCGACAAGUUAGGUAAACUACACAAGGAAUUGCUCGCCAAAUUAGAAGGCUCUGAUUAG